CCUUCCACUGCUGCAUCUUGUCUUCUCAUCAUCUCCUCAUCCUUUUCCGUCAGCUAAAAGCCGUCGCCUAUCCUGUCCCUCUUGCUCAGGGUUUCCCUUGCUAUCUUGCGGUACUUCGUCACCUUGUCGUCAUAUCAGUCCGACACCUGCCGCGACUCGAUCGACCGAGCCCAUUUGGCUUAUCUAUUCCCCAACCAUAAAUCAGUUCCCGCUUAUACCGGCUCCUCGCCCAGCACACUCACAAACUCAUCACAAUGUCUUCUCCUCAGGUCAACGGUGAUGUGAGCGCUGCUCACUCGGCGUUCAUCCAGCAUCUCCUCGCCUACCCCGUCAUUAGCGACGGCGUCCACACUUUCAAGGCCAACGAAUACGGCCAGAAGUCUAUCCAGCUCAGCGACGCCGCUUACCAGACCUUUGCCGCUCCCGUUAUUCCCUGGUUUCAAAGGCCCUACCAGUAUGUCUCGCCUUACGUCCAGAAGGUCGACUCCCUCGGCGACAAGACCCUCGACCGCAUCGACGAGCGAUUCCCCGUUGUCAUGAAGCCCACCGAGGAGCUUUACAACAAUACCAAGGGCCUCAUCCUUCUCCCCUACCACAAGGGCCUCGAGGGUCGGGACCACGUCUUUGAGGUGUACAGCUCGGAAUACAAGAAGAACGAGCAACCGGGCCUCGUCGCUCACGGAAAGGCCGCCGUUAUCACUGCGCUCGUCGUUAGCAACGAGACGCUCUCUUGGAUCAGCUCCUUCCUGCACCAGAAGAAGGCCGAGGCAACCAACGCUGUCAACGAAAAGAUCAACCAGUAGAAAACGGUCGCCAGCAGCCUGAUCGCGCUUAUACCCUCCCUUUUUCCGUUUUUCUUUUGGAUUUGCCUUUGAAACAUGAGGCAUCUCCCAGUGUACUCCUCUUAUAGUUUCGUUCUGGGGUUCUCAGUCUUGCGACAAGAGUGGAAAGCCAGCCCGCCUGUUCCAAGAGCUGGCACAUUUACAACUUGAAUCUUUUCGGGGUUUUCUCUUGCGUCUUAUCCGCCUAGUCCUUCGCCCAUCAUCCCCAAAGGUUCUUUAUCGCUCCCGCCGAGCACUCUAAUAACGCCGAUUCCGAUGCUGUAGGCAUACGUCCUCGUCAUGACGCCAGGGAGGGGUCGGCAGCGUCCUACUUGGGAACGCAAAUGUGCAGCCAGACGCGCCCGGGGUAGUACUUGACGUUUGUUGACGAUGGAUGUUACGAUUAUGUGCUAUUGGUUCUCAAGCUUAUGAUACUUCGGAUGUGUCGAUUACCGGUGGGAGCUGAGAUUGCCAGACUGAUGCGGACAUGGAAAGACCUCAAAAUCGAGAGUUAAUAGAUUUCUUACAUUUUAUUUUGAAUGGAAUGCGUGUAUUUCUCUGGGAAUAUGUCUCCUUCCUCUUGCGGUCUCACUUGUUGGGUGAGUUUGACAUGUCUUGAGCCCAGAGCAGUCUAAUAAUGGGUUUCGAGCAGAACCAACAAUACCUAUUAAUCUAUCCCAAUCACUCAG